CAACAAACCCAAACUCGCCCGGCCUGAUCCUAUUGCUUAGGAAACGCUUGCUCUUAUUUAAUCACGCCAAAAAAUGGCCAUGAACGGGUCCUUUGACCGUCCGAAGGGACCCCGAGAUGGUUGCUGUAUAACUGCUAUGUUGAAGACACCAUUAUAUAGACGACAGUUACUGGUGUUUUGUCUGGGAUGGAUGGCCUAUGCAUCAACUUACUUUCUUAGGAAGCCUUUGGGCGUGGUGAAGACAGACCUAGAAACUGAUUUACAUAUAUCCAAAACACAGUUAGGAUGGCUGGACACCGCCCUCCUUCUGCCAUAUGCUGUGGUACAAAUGCUACUUGGCAAUGUGGGGGACAAGUUUGGAGCUCGGAGAACUUAUGGAGUCUGCCUUAUCCUGUCCGCAAUUUCUAUGUUUACGUUUGGACAGUGGAGUAAUGUUUACAUGUUUGCUGGUUUACUCUUCAUGAACGGAGCUGCACAGUCACAAUGCUGGCCAAACUGCAUGAAAGCUCUGGGAGCCUGGUAUCCAGACAAAGUCAGGAACUCCAUAUUUGGAAUGUUUGGAACAUGUGCCUUCGCUGGUGGUAUCAUGGGGACGGGGCUGGCGGUGUAUUUGCAAUCAGCUUAUGGAUGGAGGAGUGCAUUUCUUCUGCCGUCAGUUUUUGUGGGAGUUUUAGGUGUGCUGGUGCUUCUGUUUUUCCAACAACCAGAUGAAGUUGGCAUUGAGGUACCUGGUAAAGGUGAGACAACUGCUGCUGCAAAUGCAACUUCUUCCAAAACUGCUGGAAAGAUUUCUUGGUUGCAGUUAUGGAAAAUUCCGAUGCUGGCUGAGGUAGCUGUAGCUGUGUUUUGUCUCAAGGUUGUCCGCUACUGUAUGUACAUGUGGCUACCUCUGUAUUUAUUAGACCAUUUAAAAUACUCAAAAGCUCAAGCUGGGAUGUUUUCUACUAUUUUUGAAGUGGGAGGAGUUUUUGGAAGUGCUGUCAUUGGUUUUGUUAUAGAUGCUGUAUUUUGGGGCCGUUCACUAUCGGGGUCAGCUGUGUCAUCCCUCCUGUCGGCCAUCUCCUUGCUGGGUUUCGUCCUUACAAGCUCGUGGGGAAUCUGGUUCAAUGGUCUCUUCCUGUUUCUGGCAGGAGUGUUCAACUGUGGACCUGACAGUAUACUAGGGGGAGCUAUACCUGCCCAGCUGGGUGAGAUGGAUGGGAGGAAUGCUGCUGCUGCCACAAUAGGUCUCGUUAAUGGUUUUGGAAGUGUUGGAACUUUCAUGGAAGGGCCAAUCAUUGGUGUGAUUUCAACGUGGUAUGGUUGGUCCGGGAUGUUCUAUUUUAUGAUAGGCCUGUCCUUUAUGGGAACAUUAUCUGUUUACCGUGCUGCUGGUAAAUUUAACAAGUCUACGACAAGGACAAUUCCUGAGGCAGAGCCCCUAGCGUUAGACAAGGAUGACACUGUGUAGCUAGGGAGGAUUAUCAUUAGGACCACAAUUUAUUUCUCUUGUAAAUUGUGUGUUUAAAUUGUAUAUACAAAAAGGUGUAGAUGGAAUGGUAUACCUAAGUAUAGGUUAAGUGAAAUACAUCAUUAUCUAUCCUUUUCAGUUAUAACAACAUUAUUUAUGGUUAACUAUGUCUCUAAUUUUUAUUGUUCCAGAAGUUACAUGUUGAUAAAAUCUCAUCACUACAGAGCACCAUGUCUGAUUAUGUUAAAAAGGUCCUAUUGAGGAGAGAUUGGAAAAUAAACAGUUGUACUUAACAAAUUGUUUUAAAUGUACCUCAGUAUAUUUUCUGGUUCACUUUGUUGUCAUUAAAUGAUGGCAUGGUACGUGUCAGACUUGCUAAAUGUCUUUCACAAGUGUCAAAUUAAAUGUCUGGAAUUCAACAGGAAAUCAUGGCAUUUUUUCUUCAUUUGAAUACUCAAGUGAAAAUCACAUUGUUCUUGACAGAAAAAAAAUGUUAUAUUUGUUCUUCAAAAUAAUCUAUGUAGCUUAUUCUAUCUUCUAUAAUAGAAAAUACCAGUUAAUAGUGUCGCUUAUUGCACAGCUUAACAAAUGAAAGAAAAACACUAUGACAGGAAUAUUUCAAUUAAGACAAAGUUCCAAACAAGUUUUUUCAUUAUCUUCAGAUCCUUAGAUUAGCUCAAGGCUAGAUGUCUGGAAAAAAACAACAACUUAUGUUUGUAUUCUGUGAUUUAAAUGGUUCCUUAUAAAGAUGCAGUCUAUCCAUAAUAUCACAUCAUUUUGUAUCUCGUUUACUCUGUUACUUAAUAUCUAGUGAUUAAUCUAUGUUUAAUAUAUAUAUAUAUGUUGAUACUGGGUUGUAUUCUCUAAUAUAUACAGUUAUGGCCCUUUAUUACCAUGCACCACAUUGUCAUGUUGAAUUGUUCCUCAUUAUGAGUAUAUGUUUAACUCUCACAUUACCCAAAACCAAUGACUGGAGUAUUCAUCAUCAAAUGAGAACAUAGGAGGGUAACUGUUGUGUGUAGAGUUUGAUGUGAGAAUUGAAACAACUAUUUUAAUCACAUGCUGUACAUAGUCACAAACAAAGGUGUGAUAGAUAACAGGAUUACACAAUGUUGUUUAUAUAUUUUGUUAAGGUUUCUAGUUAUGCUUACUACCAGGGUUACGUAUGCUAUUGAUAGGCUAUAUAAUGCUUGCUUACUUAUAACAAUGUCAAAAACUGAACAUAUCAAAAGUAUGUUUGUUUGUUUGUUUGUUUGUUUAUGUAUUUAAUGUUUAAAUUAUAUUAACAAUGUAUAGCUUUAUUUUGUGUUAAUCCAUACAUUGAUAUAUGUUGAUAGAAUGGUGUUUCAAAAUACCAAAUCCAAUUGGUAUUUUAUUUUACUGCUAAAAUCAUUUCUACUUGUUACGUAAUAAUUUUCUCCUGAUUUAAGUAACUUGUAAUGCUUUGCAUUAUAAGACAAUUAUGUGAUGCACAUUAGCACCUUCCGGAGGCAUCUCUAACCUUCGUGUAAGAUCUGUUGGACCUGGCCCAGGCUAAAACAAUUAGUUCUACAGGGAAUACAAACAUACAAAGUAGAUAUAUCACACCUGGCCCAGACUAAAACAGUCCUACAGGGAAUACAAACAUACACAGUAGAUAUAUCAGACAUGGCCCAGGCUAAAACAGUCCUACAGGGAAUACAAACAUACAAAGUAGAUAUAUCACACCUGGCCCAGGCUAAAACAGUCCUACAGGGAAUACAAACAUACAAAGUAGAUAUGUCACACUUGGGCAGAGCUAAAACAGUCCUACAGGGAAUACAAACAUACAAAGUAGAUAUAUCACACCUGGCCCAGACUAAAACAGUCCUACAGGGAAUACAAACAUACAAAGUAGAUAUAUCACACCUGGCCCAGACUAAAACAGUCCUACAGGGAAUACAAACAUACAAAGUAGAUGUAUCACACCUGGGCCAGACUAAAACAGUCCUACAGGGAAUACAAACAUACAAAGUAGAUAUAUCAGACCUGGGCGAGGCUAAAACAGUCCUACAGGGAAUACAAACAUACAAAGUAGAUAUAUCACACCUGGCCCAGGCUAAAACAGUUCUACAGGGAAUACAAACAUACAAAGUAGAUAUAUCACACCUGGGCCAGACUAAAACAGUCCUACAGGGAAUACAAACAUACAAAGUAGAUAUAUCACACCUGGGCCAGACUAAAACAGUCCUACAGGGAAUACAAACAUACAAAGUAGAUAUAUCACACCUGGGCCAGACUAAAACAGUCCUACAGGGAAUACAAACAUACAAAGUAGAUAUAUCACACCUGGGCGAGGCUAAAACAGUCCUACAGGGAAUACAAACAUACAAAGUAGAUAUAUCACACCUGGCCCAGACUAAAACAGUCCUACAGGGAAUACAAACAUACAAAGUAGAUAUAUCAGACUUGGCCCAGGCUAAAACAGUCCUACAGGGAAUACAAACAUACAAAGUAGAUAUAUCACACCUGGCCCAGGCUAAAACAGUCCUACAGGGAAUACAAACAUACAAAGUAGAUAUAUCACACCUGGCCCAGACUAAAACAGUCCUACAGGGAAUACAAACAUACAAAGUAGAUAU